GGUUCUACAAGAAAGACGAUGGUACUUUCACAGUCGAUAAAGUCAUCGACGUUGAACAACUGAAAGUUGCAGGAGGAGAUUGGCCCAUGGAAUACAUGCAAGGCUUCAUCAGUGAUAUCCUCUUGUCGUUGGACGACAAGUACCUCUACUUGAACAAUUGGCUUCAAGGAGACAUCCGCCAAUACGACAUUACAGACCGCGCCAAUCCAAGAUUAACCGGUCAAGUGUAUCUGGGUGGUCUAUUGCAAUCCGAUUCGCCAAUCAAAGUUAUUGAUAACGAUAGCUACGUGCCACCUGAACCUGUCAUCAUCAAAGGAAAGCGUUUGCAUGGAGGACCGCAGAUGCUGCAGCUUUCCCUCAACGGAAAACGUCUGUACGUGAGCAACAGCUUGUUUUCCCCUUGGGAUAAACAAUUUUACCCGGAUGGCGUGCGCGAAGGAGGCUGGAUCGUAAAGGUCGACAUUGAUCACGAAAACGGCGGAAUGACGCUUGACAGGAAUUUCAUUGUGGACUUUGGAAAGACCAAGCAUGGACCAAUCCUUGCCCACGAAAUGAGAUACCCAGGAGGUGAUUGCACUUCUGACAUCUGGCUAGCCAAAUAAUUACCACUAAAUUGUUUUCCUUUGAAACAAAUUGUAUGUGCUCACAUCACAUUUGUUUCUAUUGGAUUUUCAAGUUACCAAACCAAUCGCAAAGGAUAUUCUCUAGGAUUCACUCUAUAUUUAAACAAAUUAUUAUAUUAUUCUUUUUAUGUAUACUUAAAAAUGAUAAAAUAAAU